AGGAGCACGUGUGGUUUGUUAUUGUCUAUGUUGGGGCGGAACGCGAUUUGUUGAACGUAAAGAUUUCCUAUAAUGCUAGCCAAAAAGCAGAAAAUAGCCGAAGAGCCCACACAGGAUGCCGCUCCUCCUCAUACGAUUCAGGCGCGUUUGAUUUCCGAUUCAGGCGAAGAAGCUGGGCCGCCUAUAAAUCUGCCGGCAGGCGUUACAACUCAACAGUUGGGUCUGAUUUGUAAUGCGCUGCUUAAAAAUGAAGAAGCCACUCCAUAUUUAUUCUUUGUGGGCGAGGAUGAGAUAAAAAAGUCACUGGAUGACACUCUGGACUUAACAACAAUUGACACAGAGAAUGUUGUCGACAUUGUUUACCAACCACAGGCCGUUUUUAAAGUCCGACCCGUCACGAGAUGCACGAGCUCUAUGCCAGGACAUGCAGAGGCAAUAGUUUCAUUGAGUUUCAGUCCUGACGCCGCCCAUUUAGCCAGCGGCAGCGGAGAUACUACAGUGCGUCUGUGGGAUCUCAAUACUGAGACGCCGCAUUUCACCUGCACCGGCCACAAGCAGUGGGUGCUCUGUGUUUCAUGGGCGCCCGAUGGCAAACGUUUGGCGAGCGGCUGCAAGGCGGGAAAUAUCAUCAUAUGGGAUCCUGAGACAGGUAAGCAAGUGGGGCGCACACUUACCGGGCACAAGAAGCACAUAAACGGCCUUAGUUGGGAGCCCUAUCACCAGAAUCCCGAUUGUCGCAAAUUGGCUUCAGCAAGUAGCGAUGGAGACUGUCGCAUUUGGGACGUGGUUCUCGGUCAGUGUUUGCUCAACAUUGCUGGUCACACCAAUGCCGUCACAGCUGUGCGCUGGGGCGGCGCUGGACUGAUAUAUACAUCCUCUAAGGAUCGCACUGUAAAGAUGUGGCGCGCAGCUGACGGCGUCUUGUGUCGCACAUUUUCUGGCCACGCGCAUUGGGUGAACAAUAUUGCGCUGAAUACCGAUUAUGUUCUACGGACUGGUCCAUUUCAUCCUGUAACGGAUCGUGCGAAGAAAAACACAAACCUUGAAAAGGAGGAGCUCAAAGCCAAUGCUCUGCAGCGCUACAAGGCAGUCUGCCCGGACGAUGUAGAGUCGUUUGUCUCCUGCUCCGAUGAUAAUACACUCUACUUGUGGCGUUCCAAUCAAAACAAAUGCGUUGAGCGCAUGACUGGCCAUCAGAAUGUUGUGAACGAUGUGAAGUAUUCGCCUGACGUGAAGCUGAUUGCAUCGGCUUCAUUUGACAAAUCGGUGCGUUUGUGGCGCGCCCAAGAUGGUAAAUAUAUGGCAACAUUCCGUGGACAUGUGCAGGCAGUAUACACAUUAGCUUGGUCAGCGGACUCGCGUCUGAUAGUCUCUGGCAGCAAGGACUCCACUUUGAAAGUUUGGAGCGUACAAACAAAAAAAUUAGCACAGGAGCUACCAGGACAUGCGGAUGAGGUCUUUGGCGUCGACUGGGCGCCAGACGGCUCACGUGUGGCAUCCGCAGGAAAGGAUAAAGUCAUUAAACUUUGGGCCUAUUAACGACCAGUCGUCAUGGCAGCUAUUGUUUUUAAAUCUAAAAGAAACCUGCACAAUCUUUGGAGAUAUAAAGUAAUAAAGUGUUAUGCCCUGAGUAAUCA